UUGGCACAACCUCCCCCCAAAUUGAAAAUAAUGGCCGUCUAUUCAACACUGUUCUCCUGAUUUCCCCUCGUUACUCGAGUGUGCUCUUCAAGCUUGCUUUCCUACCUCCAGCCGAGCCGCUGGUAUUUUCUAAGUAAUCGUUGUUUUUCACCAUUUUAUUCGCUUUUAUACUGCCUGUAGACAAUCAUACUUCCAAGGAAGCCAGCAAGAAGAAGCGAUUUACAGAAGCCCCAGCCAUCACACAACCAACAAUGGACAACAAAGAUGAUAAUCGAUCCACUAACGAGCUUUCAAGAUCAUCUUCUCAAGAGCAAAGAAAGUUGGCCUCUGUUAAAACAGAAGAAUCUCAAUUUGAUCCCAUCAAAAGUUUUAGUAAAAGGGGAGAGACGUCUUACAAAAGAAGCUCCGCGUGUCUUGAUGGGUCACUGACACUAAAGACCGAAGAUCCUUAUGUGUUGAUGCAAACGGAGAUGCCUGAGAAGAAGACAUGUGAGGAACCUCAUGGAACUGUAGAAAUAUGGCGAGGGAAUGUUGUGGGACGAGAGGCAAAGGAGCUAUUUGAGGCUGUAGAGCACCGCUACCCCAACACAUUUCAACGGGUCCAGAUUCGUGUGACACCGUUUUGGUUGGGCAACUUGAAAGAACUCCAUGCAACCAUUAAACGUUUUAUGGGAUUAACCGUGGAUACACUGGCGCAGGAGCAGAUAACCGGUCUAUGGCAAGAUUUUAAAGACUUGGAGGCUUUAGGAUUCGAUCUCUCGUGGGCCCACAAGAGACUAAACAUGGUUGCUAGACUCAAGUUUGGAAACGAGCCAUUACAGAAAGAGUUGAUGGUCUUAGAACAUUCGUUAGGGCCGCUGAAGGAGAGAGUUGAUGAGAUAAUGAAGCAGUUAUUGAAAGCUCAUGAUAUGUAUAUGAAAGCACUGUCAGAAUAUGAAGAUGCGACGAAAGCUCGAAACAAGAAAGUGGAGGAGAUGACACGAGUGUUUGGACCUGACUUUGAUCGCGUAUUACAGGAUCGUCUUGGUUAUGAAACAAAGACUUACAGGCCUUGCGAACUAGUCGGGCCACACUCGACUUGAUGACUGCUUCCUAAUCUGUCAGUCAUACUUCUUGACCAUAGUAUCUUUUGGGUUAGAUUUUGUUGAAAAA